AAGCAAUUUGAUUUUAAAACAAGUAUACAAAAACUGUCUCAGCUCAAACAUAAUUUCCCAUAGUGCAGAAAUAUGGAGGUGGAAUGUUCUUUGUUCACCAGUUUGCAUUUGAGGGUUUGUUCAGUUUUUCUUUUAUGACAAAACCCAUUUGCUAUUUCAGGUUAGAAAGGAAUCUCCUUACCUAACAGACUUUCCUCAGUUUAUUCUGGUGAAAAGGCAGGUAUAGGUCACUGUCUGGAGGAAGACAAGGAACUGCAGAAAAGGACCUAUAGGUCCUGGGGCACACCAAGUUGAACAUGAGCCAAACGUGCCCUUGCCGCAAAGAAGGAGGAUGGCAUCCUGGUGCGCUGGGCUGCAUUAAGCAAAGCAUUGCCAGCAGGCCGAGGGAGGGAUCCUUCCCCCCUGCCCAGCACUCGUGAGGACACACCUGGAGGAGAGAGACGGGGGCAUACUGGAAAGAGUCCAACAAAGGGCCACAAGGAUGAUGACAAAGGGACAAGGCGGCUUCGCUCCUGCAAGGAAAGGCUGAGAGAGCUGGGACUGUUCAGCCUGGGGAAGAAAAGGCUCCGGGGGAUCUCAUCCCUGUAUAUAACCACCUGCAGGGAGGGUGCACCGAAGACGGGGCCAGGCUCUUCCCAGCAGCGCCCAGUGCCAGGACCAGAGGCGACGGGCACAAACUGACACACACGAGGUUCCCUGCGAACAUCAGGGAACACUUUGUCGUCAUCACUGUGCAGGUGCCCGAGCCCCGGCACGGGCUGCCCAGGGAGGGGAUGGAGUCUCCCUCCUUGGGGGCAUUCAGAAGCCAUCUGGACGUGGUCCUGGGCAACGGGCUCUGGGUGGCCCUGGGUGAGCAGGGGGCUGGAGAUGAUGACCUCCAGAGCUCCCUUCCAACCUCAGCCAGUCUGCGAUUCUCACCCCUUCAGUUAGGGUAUCUUGUAUAUGUAUACCUGUCACUAUUUAUUUUUAAUUGCUUAGUUUUGACUAGUAGGUACAGAGUCACAUGGAUAACAAAGGGCCUGUACCAGAGUCUCAACACUUGUCGUAAUGCUUCCAAGAGUGAUAAAGAAGAGCACAAGAAACUUACUGGCACCUUUCUUGCAUUCCCCAAAAGGUACAGCUGGAACUUCUUCCAUGACUGAAAUUGAGCCAUAAAGAAAGUAUCCAAGUAUGGGCGUAUCUCCCCAUCUCACCUGCUGACACACCUCCCCAGAGGUGCCAACCACUGCCAACAGGACCAGUUACACUGCCUCCAAGACAGUAAGCGUAAGCCUUCAAAUGGAUGCACUCACCUUGCACCUCUCUCAGGGCCCCUCCUGCCACCCUGCAGUCCCCCUGCUGCGACCACCCCAAACCACCCUUAAUGCCGCCUGUGCCAACAGCUUAUGUCGAAGCCCGACAGAGAUCCCCACCGCACGGGCUGCUGCCUGCACCACACUCCUUGAGAAAGGGCACCAUUCUCCGCUGCCAUUUUGAGGCAGCAGCACGGGUGGGUCGGCGGCAGCGGCCCCGCCGUGCGGCCGCUUGGGGACCGGGGCGCCCGUCAUGUGCCUACAGCGCCUGGCGCGGCCCUACUCUCGCCUCUUGCGGGGCUCGGCGAGUGCGGCGGCGACGCGCCCGUGCGCCGCUCGGCCGGGGGGGGGUGGGGGGGCACAGCGCCCCUCAGGACGCAGACUCGGACCCCGUCGCCGCGCCACGGCCGGACGGCCGCCACCGCCGCGCCCCCUGCGCGGGCCCACCGAGGGCCGAAGGAGGGAUAACGUGCCACCGCCGCGGGAGACCAUGGCGGAGACCCCGCCCCGCGGCGACGCGGGGAUUCCUCAGGGCGGGGCCUCCGCCUCCGGCCAAAGACGCGUCGCGCGUGGCCCCGCCCCUAUAUAAGCGGCGGCCUUGGCGUAGCCCCGCGAGCGCGGCCGCCGCCUCUGCCCCAGCCGUUCCCGGAUCUGGCACGAUGGCAGACCAGUCUUUUGUGACUCUAGCCACAAAUGACUCCUAUGUGAAAGGAGCACUGGUACUUGGUUCAUCCUUGCAACAGUACAGAACAACAAGGAAGCUGACUGCGCUCAUAACUCCUCAGGUCUCAGAUCUUAUGAGGAGAGUGCUGGAAAAAGUCUUUGAUGAAGUCAUAUUGGUAAAUGUCUUGGAUAGUGGGGAUUCAGCACACUUGGCAUUAAUGAAGAGACCUGAGCUGGGUGUCACAUUAACAAAGCUUCACUGCUGGGAACUAACGCAGUUUUCAAAAUGUGUUUUCAUGGAUGCAGACACAAUGGUUUUGUCAAAUAUCGAUGAGCUUUUUGAGAGAGAAGAGCUGUCUGCAGCACCAGAUCCAGGCUGGCCUGACUGUUUUAAUUCAGGAGUUUUUGUUUACCGACCUUCCAUUGAAACAUACAAUCAGCUGUUACAGUUUGCCACAGAGAAAGGCAGCUUUGAUGCUACUCUAGUACUGGCAUACCAAACAACUUCACGCUCAUUUGACUUGAUUGCAACCUCUACUUUCAAACUAAGAUGUGACCUCUCCCAGCAUGGUGCAGAUCAGGGGUUAUUAAACACCUUCUUCAGCAGCUGGGCAACAACAGAUAUAAGCAAACAUCUACCAUUUAUUUAUAAUUUGAGCAGCACUUCUGUAUAUUCCUACCUUCCAGCAUUUAAAGCGUUUGGUGCAAAUACUAAAGUGGUGCAUUUCCUGGGAAGCACAAAGCCAUGGAACUAUACAUAUGACUCCAGAACAAAAAGCAUAAAAGGCAACAUGGACGCCCCUAAAAUAGUUCACCCAGAAUUCCUCAACAUGUGGUGGGAUACCUAUAUAGCUGAUGUUUUGCCAUUACUAGAACAGCAUGGAAUUGUUAAUGACAUUACUACAGGUGUAAACAUGCUAUCGGGCUUGGUCUAUACUCUGGCUUUCUCUUGUGGCUUCUGUAGAGAGGCAGAGGUUACAGAGGCAGUGUCCCACAUAUCAGUAUCAGCACCAGUAUUACCAACUGUAUCUUCAGAGGAACGCAAGGAACGGUGGGAACAGGGCCAAGCUGACUAUAUGGGAGUGGAUUCCUUCGACAACAUCAAGAAGAAACUUGAUACCUACCUUCAGUAGAAAUGCCUGUCUCAAACAGUGGUGAUGCAAGGACUUGUUCCAGAACUAACAGCUAGAAAGGUGUAGAUGGUGGUCAGUUACACUUGCUAGUAGCUUGAUGAAAAACUUCUUGGCUGAAGGCCUCUGCAGUGCUACAGAAGAAGACUGAGCAAAAGCUAGGAAGCAGAAUUCCUUGGGCCACCUAUUACUGCCCAAAUUCCAAUUCUCCCUACUAGAUAAAACCAGGUAUUUUCAGCUUAAAUUUUCUUCUGUUGUGAUCAAUUGGCUCAACAUAUUCCUUGAAACUGGGUUUGUUACCUCACCUCAUUAAGGUGAUUAGCAUUGAUUCCUUUGCUUGCUGUUUUAGAUGUAAAAUCUAAUUCAUGGGAUUGCUCAUACACUAGAGUGGUAGCCAUUCUGCUUUACCAUAAAUGUUUUCAUGACACUGGGACACAUACAGAUGUAACAGUCAUAGCACUGCUUUGCUCUUACAGUCACAAUUGCACUGAAGUUUUGACCAGGUUCUUACGCACAGUGCCUACAGCAUGGCAGAAUGCAUUUUUCAGUUCUGUAUACUACGGGACUAGUAAACCGAGUUUUAUCUUUUACUUGCAAUGUUGCACUUGAUACAAAAAUAAAAAGUUGUCAUGCAUUUCUGGCUUCCCUAAACUCUCAAGCAAUUAACAAAAAAAAAAAAAAAGGGAGCUCUGAAGCAGUCUAACUAAAAUACUCAAGAGGUAUAAUCUUUAGGCUUUGCUAAUGUUACUCUAGCUAUCAUUAACAAAUGUCCAGCUUUUAGUUCUGUAAUUAUUUACAGGUUAUAUAGUCAUUUGUCAGGGCGCUCUAUAGGGCCAGUCGCCUUUAUUAGCUUGCCUAAUUAUAGACAGGGCAGUGGAGGAAGUACCUGCUGUGAAGCUACUUACAUAAGCAACAUGAAGCUUGGGAAAAGGGCAUCUUUCUUUCGGUGACCAAAGAAAGAUCAUCCCUAAUGCAAGCAGUGUACACUGUGAACUUGUUUUUAACCAGAAUGGUGACGCUGUUUUGGCAAAGAAAGACUAAAUAGCUGCUUAAGUAACUGUACCUAUCCUGAUUAGGAAAACUACUCUUUCCAUGUGUGCAGAAAGUAUAAGAAAGAAAGGGCUCUUUUGCCACACUCGGGCUACACAUUGUAUUCUAAGGCACAUGGAAAAGCAGUAAAAAUACCACAAUAACAAAAGCAUGCUGAAGAAAAGACAGAGAUUGGCUGUUACCUGUACUAAGUUUCAGAUCCACCUGUUAGCCAAGUCUAAACAGAACUGUAUGACUUUGUGUUCUGUCUUCGACAGCUAUACUCUGUACUAGUCAGAAACACUACAAAAAUAGUAUUUCAUUAUUUCCUGAUAAAUGGUUUUUGGCAGGAAGCGAGUGAGGGUGCUAAACUUUUAGCCUAGAAAUAAAAUAAUCAACAAGUUCUCGCCAUUUGCUGGUAAAGCAGAAGAUGUAAACCGGGUAUGAGAGUUAGUUUGUUUUAACUUGUUUUCACUACUUAAAUGGUGACUAAGGAAUCUUAGAGCAAUUAGCAAAAAUGCUAAAGAUGAGGUCCAAACCAAAGUAGCUUGUAGCUAUUUAGAACUACAUAGCAUCUGAACUCCCAGUUGUAACUAGCCUUUUCCUGUAUGGGUUUUUCUUUUGCCGUGUUGGGUUUCUUUAACAGGUAAAUUUGAAGUGUGAAAGCAGGAGGGAUUACUAGUUACAAUCUGUAGUGACAAAAGUAUUACUUCAUCCAACAAGUAGAAAUAUCGGGAGUUCUGCAUGCUCACAAAAUACUUACUGAAAAUGGUAAAAUACUGUUUUGAAGACAGCUGAAGAGUCUUAGUUUUUUCUCCCCUUGUCUGUAUUCAUACUAGAGAGUAGGUGCAUUACUUCUUUUUAAGCUCAGUUGGAGAGAACUGAAAGUGUAAAAGCGUGAGAUUAUACCAGCCUGAAAAUUUGGUUUAGCAUGUUAAGUUUUGUUACGUUAAUACAAGAAGAUAAGGAGAGAUGCUGAUUAAGAUUAAAACCUGCAUGUUUUGGGUUAACAAAUAUAGUUAGUAAAGAAAGAAAACCUAUAAAACCAUUCUGUCCUAGCCUCUGUGACUCAUACUAUGGUCAAGUGUUUACCCACAGCCUCAGGAAAGCUAAAGGUAUGACAUCUAUACCAAACUCUGUGCAGCUUAUUUUCAAUAAAAUGACCUUUAUGUCAUUA